CGGCCGGCUGGGUAGCCUCGUCCCCCACCCUGCGGCUUUUAACGGUCGCCGCUCGCGCCCCCUCCCUCUCCUCCUCCCCCCACACCCCCCCGAGGUUCGGUUUCGUCGCCACCCUUCGCUCGCGCCGUAGGAGAGGAAGGCGGCGGUGGGCGCCUCCCGCGCCCAGGGAUCGAGGGAAACCGGUGCCUGACACCUGCGGGCUGCCGCGGGGCAGCGGCGGCCCCGACCGGAUGUUAAUUUUAAAGAUUCUGUGAAGAUGAAGAAGGAUAUCUUAUGGUUUUACAGAAUAUAAAGCAAUAUUGUCUGACAUGACGGCAAAAAAUGUUGGUGUGACGUCCACAAAUGGAGACUUGAAAGGAUUUAUAGAUCAGAACCAGAGUCCAACAAAAGGUAAUAUUUCAAUAAUCACGUUACCAGUUCCCUCCACCAACUCCCCAACCAAGAUUUUGCCAAAAACCUUAGGACCAAUCAAUGUGAAUGUUGGACCCCAAAUGAUUAUAAGUACAUCACAAAGACUGACCAAUUCAGGGAGUGUUCUGAUUGGAAGUCCAUAUAACCCAGCUCCAACAAUGGUGACACAGACACACAUAACAGAAACUUCUGGCUGGGUCCCAGGGGAGAGAAAGCGGACUCGAGAAUUUAUAGAAUCAGAUUUUUCAGACAGCAAGAGAAGCAAAAAAGGAGAUAAAAAUGGGAAGGGUCUGAGGCAUUUUUCAAUGAAAGUAUGUGAGAAAGUUCAACGUAAAGGAACAACUUCAUACAAUGAAGUUGCUGAUGAGCUGGUAUCAGAAUUCACAAAUUCUAACAGUCAUCUAGCUGCAGACUCGCAGGCUUAUGAUCAGAAAAAUAUUAGAAGGAGAGUUUAUGAUGCUCUUAAUGUCCUGAUGGCAAUGAACAUAAUUUCAAAGGAGAAGAAGGAAAUCAGAUGGAUCGGCCUUCCUACAAACUCAGCUCAGGAAUGUCAGAAUCUAGAGAUAGAAAAACAGAAGCGGAUUGAAAGGAUAAAACAGAAGCGAGCCCAACUACAAGAACUGCUGCUGCAGCAAAUAGCAUUCAAAAACUUGGUACAAAGAAAUCAGCAGAAUGAACAACAAAAUCAAGGCCCUCCAGCUUUGAACUCAACCAUACAGCUGCCUUUCUUAAUAGUCAACACUAGCAAAAGAACAGUUAUAGACUGCAGCAUAUCAAGUGAUAAAUUUGAAUACCUCUUUAAUUUUGAUAACACUUUUGAGAUUCAUGAUGACAGCGAGGUGCUGCGGAGAAUGGGAAUGUCGUUUGGGCUCGAGGCAGGCAAAUGCUCAGCAGAGGACCUAAGAACUGCAAAAUCACUGGUGCCAAAAGCUUUAGAAGGCUACAUCACAGAUAUGUCUACAGGAUUUUCAUGGAUUGACCAGGGAUUACUUUCAAGUUCAGCACAAGCAGUUUCACAUCUAGAGGUAGCAGGAGGCACUUCUGAUACUAAAUUGAGUGAGAACCCAGGGUUGUGUUUGGAUGCUGAAGUGGCCUUAGCAACCGGGCAGCUUCUUGCCCCUAGCAGUCAACAGUCCAGCAGUGCAACAUCACGAUACUCUGAGUCACGGGGAGAAACUCCAUGCUCAUUCAAUGAUGAAGAUGAAGAUGAUGAAGAUGAGGAUUCUUCCUCCCCAGAAUAAGGACAGUAGAAAACAGAAUAUACAAAAUGCUGCUCAAGUACUCUUAAGGGGCGCUCCUGUUUGGAUUUAAGUUUUUGCCUUGGUUUGCACUGUGUUCAGUGAAGCAAAAUGGAAGCUUCAAAACAAAUUUCCUCAAGCUGAAAUUGAAGACUUCUUGUAACUGAACACAGUGACACAGACACAGAAUAAGGUAUUUUUUAAUCAACUAUAACCAAGGAAAAGAACAAAGUCCCUGGAGAUUUUGGCAAAGUAAACACCAAGUUCAGUUUCCAUUUUGGGACAUUCUGUCUUGAAUCUCUGUUUUAAGUCUGUAUCUUAAUCAGAUGGAGAAGAAAACAGAGUUAGGCAACAAAUGCCCAUUCUCACAUUGUAUUCUGACUGUGCUACCUUUAGAAAAUGGGGGAGAGAGCACAUGCAGAUGCUCUAAAAAUAGCUAUUUAAAACUGUCUUAUAUGAAAAUUGUUUUAGGGAAAAGGGGCUGUUAGAAUGUUUGCUUUUUACUGUUCUACUUACUGUAUAGAAGAUUCUUUAAAGUAAUAUAAAUUGCAAGUGAUUAAGCAAAUCUUGAAAUAAUAGUUUAAAUCCAUUUUAGAUAUUCUGGAAGUAACAUUAGUAUGUCUUUUGAAAGGUUCAUAUGUGCAUUUAUACUGCAGACCUAAUUUAUUAUAAGCAUAAGUGAUUAUUCUUAGCCAUUAUUAAACAGUCAGGAUAAAAACUGGUAUUCUCUGCACCAGCUUUUUUGAGGAAGAAGUUUAAAAACUGUAUUUUCUAGAUUAUAGUGUAUCCAGUGUAGCUUCUCCUUUACUGUUCUAACCUUAUAGUCCCUUUUAUUUUUCUAGCAUGUUUUGUUGUUGGUUUUUUUUGAAGGCCUCUAUGUUAAGGAUCUCAGGCAGCAUGUUUUCAAGGCAGUAUUUUCAAUUUCAGGGUGGGCACGUCAUGUAACUUUUGAAGUCAUAGGGUUGAAGGCCUUAGGAAAAAAUAUUAAAUUUUAGCAAUACAUUAUUUCAUGGUUUGCAUUCUAGUCAGCUUGGAUUGUGACAAGGCUAACUUUAUUAUAAAUAAAUUCUGUUGCACUCACUAAGGUGAGUGUACUAAGUGCACCUUGGAAAAACAGUAUCAAAUCACUUCUUAAAAUAAUUUGCAGCUAACGUAACACAGCAUGAAUCCCAUUUGAACUGUUAAAUUAGACUUGGAACAGGAGGCUCAGUGUUUGGUAGUUAACAUCACAUCCAAUCAUAAGGACCUUUUUUUUUAAAAAAAAAACAACCAAAGCAACACUUGAAUAACAGCAAAAUACACUGUACAUGUACUCUUCCCAUGGUGUUCUAACCCAGAAUUUUAACUAAUCUCAAAGUUAACUACUUUUAAUUAGGUAAAUCCAGUUUAAAAUAGUGUUACUUCAUUUUAGUUUUUAUACUAUAUGUACGUAGCUGACCUGCUUCUACAUACCAAUGUAUGAGCUGUCAAGAGUUCAACAACAUUGGCUGUCAUUUAGUUAGAAGAUAAGGCAGCUUAUAGUACUGCUCUUUGCUUGAGCAGUGGCACCAAAUUGUAUCCCUUGACUGCUGUGACCAUUACUCCAGCACCAUGUGGGCUGUGUCCAUGUGAUCUUUUACAGGCAAACCUGCACUCAAGCCAAGGAGAUCCAAAAGCACCAACCCUGAGCUGGUGGAAUGACCUCAGGUACAGCUCAAAUGUUACCUGGCUGUUGUACAGGAGUGAGAACAGGGCUACAUACAGGACAGGUAAAACUGUGAGGAGCACACAAGCACACCUGCAUGUUUGCAUUACAAGUUAGAGCAUCCAGCUAGAAUCUUCACAGAUAGUUCAAACUCCUGCAUUUGGGGUUCAGUUAACAUGGCACUGUUAUUUUAGGUAUAGCUCUUGCCUGAGCAAAUGGAGCUAUCUAGCUUGCACAGAUGAGUUUCUAAUGCACAACUUAAAAGAAUUCCUAUAUGCCUGCCAUCUUAUACACCCUCUGGGCAAGACUUCUGUUAAUACUGUCUAUGCUCGUAGCUCACAGGCAACAGCAGACUGAGGGAUUAACACCACUUCACUUCAACCAAAUCUGCAACACUACCUCUAUAUGAAGAAAAGCUUUACAAAUACAAAACAAUAUUCUCACUGAGAGAGUCAAUGCAUUUGAGUGAAGUGGCUCGCUUUUGAACUAAGAGGAGAAGGUAACAGAUAUUCCAGGCCUUACUAUGGAACUGUCAGCUUCAUGACAAUGACAUUUCAUUUAAACAUGUAAUUACUCAUAUUCCUAAAACCCAAUUAUUUUUUCAAAUACUGUCCUGUCAGCUUUUUUUGGAGAGGGCAGAUCUAAGACACCUAGUAUAUAUACAGUCCUCAGAAUCUCUUAAAAGAGAAGAACCUUUUCUAAAGUUAUUAUUCCUCCCACCCUGUACAUUAAGGGCACAUUUAAUUUUACACGUCAUUCAUAUUUCCCACUACAGAUCUGUUUAAAAGGAAAAAUUGGCAAAACACUGAACAGUUAUUGAAGAGGAGCACUUUGAACUAGAAGAACCUGGCAAAAAAAAAAAAAAAAAAAAAAAAAAAGCUUCCUGGCCAGAAAUGGAAUGCAUUUCAUUAGCACUCCUGUGCUUUCUGUUUUACAGGAGGAAGGGCUUCAGUGAUAUCUUCCUUCCCUUGAUGUCCAUGUCCCUCAGAUCAGCAGACUGCACAGCUAUUGGCUUUCUGGCAAGCUUCAAGCUAUUAACUUUUUUUUAAAAGUAAUCUAAGAGCACAUAAAAAUUAUUUCAACAGUCAAAGCAAGAUUUCAAAAGUGUGUUCUUCCUGAACUAGUUGAAUAAAAAGGACAAAAGCUAAAACAUUCAGAAGACAUCUCAAAAAGAAAUUAAAUCCUUGGAAGCCUUUGUGCCAAGUUCCAGCUGAGGAUGAAGUUCAACUAAAGCACUGUGGGUCUUGUGGUUACAAUAAAGUCUGGGAACUAGGAGACUUUUGGGCCUUAUCCAGCCACAGCGGUGUAUGAUCUCAGGCAAGCCUUUCAAUUCUUGUUGAUCUUAGCUGACAUACUUAGAAGAAAAAUCAAAACCAACACCAAAAAGAAAAAAACAAAAACACCCACAAAACAAACAAAACCAACCAAUCAAACAAAACACUCUCCAAAACAGGUGAAUGCAAGACCUCACAAAAUGCAGCUGAACUGAGUUCUGAGCAAUUAUCAGUAGACUGAGAAUAUUAAGCACCCACACAGCUCCCACUAAGCUAAUGGCAGUAGUUGUGCUCAAUCACUUCUCAAUCCAAGCCUUCCCUCCCUCUGAAAGCCAUCAGCAGAUACUUUCCAGAAUAAAGUGGUUAUUAGCAAUACUGGUUUCCCCACUUUCUGUUCAUUUACCCUCGUUCUCUCCUAUCUUAUGCAAUACACUUGGCAUUCAUUGAUAUGAAACAAGUAGCAACUGGUACUAGAUGGUAUCUCUUGUAAGACACAGUUAACAUGUAACUUAGGCAAAUUCUAUUUAAGAUAUAUUUAAGUGACGUGUUUCUCUGUCUUGGAACACUAUCUUAGUUAUUAAUUCAGAAGGCACUUGUCCGCAAGCAAAAUAAUCCUAUCUGGAAAUGCUUUUUUAUAUAUUGUAUAUAGACUUAUUUCUGGACUUAAUUUAUGGUGCUUGAAAAAAAUCUAAAUACAACUUUGAGAACCUUAUCAGCAUUACAAACUAGAUGAAAAUAUAUGAGUCAGAGACACCAUUUUUCUAUUCUGUCGAAACCUGACAGAAUUUUUGUGGAUUUUGGAUUUUAAGAUGGCAUUAAAGUGUGCCAUUUCAACACUGGAAUUGAUGGCAACAAUGCACCCAAUCUAACAAAGUGUGUAUAUUUAAGUAAAGACUACAGCAUGUAGGACCAUUUUCAUUAAACCUAGUACAAGCCACACUAGACAUUUCCAUUUUGGUUAAGGUUAUUAUUUAGUUUUUAAACUAUGGCUUGCAAGUACUUAUAAUCCCUCUGAGCAUCGGGAAACUGCUGAUUGUACAGAAUACUCACAGGACUGUGAGAACUACUUUUAAAAACAAGUAGUUUAUAAAGACAACUUUUCUUUUACUAAGUUAAAGAUAUUUGUGUUCGGGAUUAAUUUGAAAACAAUGCCAGUAACCACAGGGUAUAUUAUAUGGUAAACAAACAAACUGGCUCACCUAAUUUGUAUCUUCAUUACAAGAGUCUCUCAGGAACAUAAAAAUUUUAAAGAGACAGAUACAGUGAAGCUGGAAAAAGACUAUAUGAAAUUCUUAAAUUUUUCACUUAAAAAAUUAUAGUAGUAAUUACACUUUAAAGUGACCUUCUGCUUUCUACAAGUUUAGUUAUUUUAAAAGAAGGAAAUGCUACAGUUCAGUUACUUCAAGGCCUGGUAUAUUUUACAGCUUAAGAGACAUCUCAGCCUUCCACACUAUAAAACAGUGCCUUUUGCAGCAUUACUGAUGAGCAAGGAAGGCUGAGACACUAGUCUGUGUCAUGAAAUUUUGUUUUUUAAAAUAGGCCACUUCUUGAAUUCUGACUUAUGUCUAGAAAAUGCCUAUAAUUUUUACUUUCUGAUUAUCACACACUUUUACCUUUGCAAGCAUGUUAACAGCUCUAAAUACUCAAUUUUCUGCUGGCAUAACCAAAUCCUGAUACCAUGAAACCUCCUCAAGUUCUCAUUCCUUAUUCAUCUAAGUUGCCAAAUCUCUUUCCUGUUAGAACUUGGCCUGUUUCUUACAGGCUGUGAGCAACUGUUCUCCCCUGAACCCAGCUAUAUUGCCAAAAAAAGUCCCUUCAGCCAACAUUAUUCUCAGUUGUUCAUUCCCUCAACCAAAUACUACCACUUUUCAAGUCACUCUAGAGCUGCUCAUUGAAGUAUUUCCUAGCUUGUUCAACCUAGCUUCCUGAGCCAGCAUCCAGGCAUACCAAACCCAGCUGGUAUUGACAGAUGAAAUGCUCUUAUAAGCAAUCUGAAAUUAAAAACUGAAGGGGCAGUUUAUCACAACUGCUUAGAGUGCAUAUUCAUCCUACAUGCUUAACACUACCUUGUCUGACCUACUCCAAAGACCAGCUAAAAACCACCAUACUUUCUUUCUGCUUACUUUUUUUUUUUACAGUACCCAUGAAUCCAACGUUUACGGUAUCCAUGCAUGCUACAGGAAAGCAAAAAUCCUUGCUCAAAAUUGGGCCGAUCUCUAACAAACCAAAUCCCAGGAGAAAGCUCCUGCUUAGGAACAGUUUAGAACAAGUUAAUAACUUAAUUUUUCCUUUCUCCAGUAGGAAAAACAGGCUUUUGGGGGGGGGGGUUAGUUAAAUCUCUAAUUUAACUUUAAAAAUUAGUGGAUUUCAUUGCACUAACACAUUAAGUGUAUCUCCCAGCAUUUCCUUAGGAAAACACCACCAGCAAGCAUAAGUUUCUGACAUCCCCUUGUCCCUACAGCCAGGCUGCAUAUAUGAAAAAUACUUAGAAGUAUAUCCAACUGUUAUGAAAGAGUAUCUCACAAGCACCUCCUGUGGAAAAUAAAAAAAAAAUAAAUUAAUCCUACUUUGAACAAACCUAUCAGAACUAGGAUAGGAGAUCCUUCCCAUUCCUUAGGUCUUAACUGCAAAUAACACCCUGGGACAGAAACACCAACCUCUAUUUGCAUAUCCAUCACACAUCAGGAAUACAUGGCCAGCAAGUACAGGCACGGUUUUUACAAAGCUACAUUUCUGCAAGCACUUUUUAAGAGGAUCUGGCAAAAGAUCAAUCCCUUUGCAAUGAACUAAUGCUGACAUACACCCCAACUAACUUUACAGAGCCACUACAACAUUCAGUAUGUGAUGAAAAAAGACACAUCCAUCCAUCCCCCCAUCACAGUAGCACUUCUUAGUAUCUACUAUAAUCUACAUAGAAGUAGUAGAGACACUUCCUUUUUAUGUUAAAACGCAGAAACUGCUUGAAAUUCCAUUAACUUCAAUAUGCAAUAAGACUUCUUUCUACUCUUUUUUUUUUUUUUCUUUAAGAACGAGUCCAGUCAUGGACAAAGCUGUUUUAUGACUUCUGUCAUGCUGAAGUCAAAGGCAGGUUUGUAAAUGUGGCAGGUGGGAAGAAAGGAAACACUGACAAAUCCAAUUUCUGAGGAUGCUAACUUUAUGGGAAUUGAAGUUUUAAUUAAUUUUUUAAUUCACUUUGUCCUACUUUUCCCCUUGCCCUGUUCCCUCUGCCAACAUAUGUGUUGGCAUAAGGUGUCACACAAACACUUGGCAGAAAUUUUUCUCCCUUCUCUUAUACUAAACUCCUGUGUCUUCACAAAAAUUCAAGUUGCCCAUUUAUCUCCCGAACAACUUGCUGCAUAACUUUGAAUUGUCCAUAGAUUUCUUCCUUUCCAAAUACCUUUAGAUUAUAAACUAAAUUUUUAUUUUUGCAGAAAGACUGCUAUUAAGCUAAGCUGAUUUUUGUCCCGUUAAAUAGUGUUAAUUUCUACUACCACACUACGUGGUUAGAAGUAAUGUAAAAAAGAAUGUGGUGGUAAUUAUAUGUGCUUUAAACACUGACAAAGAUAUAAAAAGGCAUAUACAAAGUUUUACUUUCCUAAUAGGAACACUGGCAUUAGCAAAUAGUAUAUUUGAACCAACAGGAAAUAUUACUUUGUAGUAGCAAACACUUUGUAAAUAAAAACUUGUUAUUUUUUUAAUGGAAAUUUUAUAGAAGAAGCUAUUUCUGUAUCCUCAAUCAAUCCCAUGUUUACCUAAAAUGCUGCAAGUGGGAAUUGUACGUUGCAAAACGGGGGUGGGGAGCAGACAAACAUGACAUGACUGAAGUGAAAACUAUGUACACUUUGGAGAAAAACACCCAGUUGUCUGGGAACAGGAACGUAAAGCAUAAUUACAGAACUGAAUAAAACAAUUUCAAGGAAA